CUGGUGCUAAAAUUUCAUAGCCGUACUCCAAUUUCUGGGAUGACCCAGAGCCUUUGGACGCCAAUGGCUAUGCUUUGGUUGACAUCAAUGUGAAUCAUCCGAUCAAGCUCACUCGUCUGGCCUUGCGCGCUCUCCUUGGAAGAGAAAAGCAGGGGGUCAUUGUCUUGAUGUCCUCUGUAUCUGGGUAUAUCAAGAAUUAUCCCUCGCCCCUCUACGUGGCAAGCAAGCAUGCAAUUUUGGGCUUCACCCGGAGCAUGGGGGAUGCUGAGCAGCACCAGGGCGUCAAGGUAGCCUGUAUUUGUCCAGGUAAUGUGAACACACCUCUAUGGACAGAAGGAACCCCAGGGGCAGGCGCUCGGUAUGGACUUACGGAAAAGAAUGCUUUGACAGCAGAGACGGUGGCAGAAGCAAUAAAUGAGGUUGUUGAGUCGCCCGACAUCCCUGGUGGAGCAGUCAUCGAGGUGUCUUUGGCAGGUACCCGAGUGCUCCCGGAAUGGAACAUCUCACCUCCCCCAGCCAUAGAUGACAAGACAGAUGGAAGGGGGGUUACUGCAUCGCCGGAGAUCAUCCAGAACUUGCUGUGCCCGAUCGUCAAGGUGACAGACGCUGAGCGUGGGAAGCUCCGGGAUCGUCAAUAGCGCCAUCCGAAGCUUUUCCGAACAAGGUAUGGGAGGAAGUUGAUUUUAUGUGCAGACCCGUAUGAAGGCGCCAUGUCUGUCCUCGGACGUAUACGGAAUAGAAGCGAAACCACAUUUAUCUCCGGGAGAUCCUACGGGCGCGAUUUCCGAACUGCUCCGAGGAGAGCACCUUACUUGGC